AUGGCUUCGUCCCAACCAAGCGCAAGAGGGUCAUACGCCGAAGUCGCUCGCACCCCACCAUCAAGCCAGCCAAGCGGUGUGCGCACCCUCUCCUCGCGAAACACGACGCCUUCAUCCUUUACCGACACGUUGUUCUGUACGAUCGAUACAUCUAGGGUGGAGGAGAAAGAGAAGGGAAACGUCCAGGUGGCGGACAUUAGAAAGGCAAUCGAGACAGAGGCCAGGGCACAGGAAAGCAUGAAAGACUGGCGUUGCGCUGCGGUUGUGAAGGAGGCCCGAAACCCGGACCGAGUCAGAGUAAUUUGCAGGGACGAAGGCGAGGUCCAGCUCGUCAAGGAAGCGGCAGUGAAGAUCAGUGUUCCUGGAGUGCGGGUAUUGAGAGACCAGUUGUACCCGGUGAGGGUAGACAAUGCCAACCGAACAGCGGUCCUCGAUGCGGACGGAAACAUCCUGCCGGGAGCCGCAGAGGCGCUAGGGACAGAGAACGACGUCAACAUUGCGAAGAUUGCCUGGCUCAGCAGGAAGGAUACAAGCAAGGCCUACGGCUCGAUGGUUGUCUACAAUCCGCUUACACGACCGUUUUCGCGCCCCGGGAAGGCCCAAUCCAGUGCUACAGAUGCCAGGAGAUCGGCCAUAAGGCCUUCGCCUGCAAAAAGCCGCAAAGAUGCGGAAGGUGUGCGGAACAGGGUCACCACCACAAGACGUACGCUUAAGAUCCUUCAGCUCAACGUCCGCAAACGGAGAGAAGUGCAGCAGAGUCUGCUAAACGACGAGGGACUCAAGGACUUCGCAGUGCUGGCCAUCUCCGAACCAUAUGCCAGGCUGAUCGAAGGCUCGGUGACGACGGUCCCAAUGAGUCAUCACAACUGGACGAAGCUUAUACCAACGACAAGACGAGAAACCACGUGGCCAAUUCGGAGCAUGCUAUGGGUACGAAGCGAUAUAGAGGUCGAGCAGAUUCCAGUGCCGUCGGCAGACCUCACCGCAGCACGCAUUCGGCUCCCAGAUCGGGCAGUGCUGAUGGUGUCAGUGUAUGUGGAGGGUGGUAGUGACGAAGCACUGGAAGAUGCAAUGAGGGAAAUUGACCGACUGAUUUAG